UGAAUGUAUGUAUCAUCUCCUGAUAGCUUAGUUAAAAUAUAAUGUAAUAAACUGAUAGGAGAUCAGUAUAUAGGUAGAGUUUACUAGGUAACUAAUCACCAUUGCUGCAAGACCAUUCACCAGUUGCACAUGGGGGAAACCAAGACUGUGUAAAGAUGGGGAAGGAAAGGAAGAAAUUCUCUGGAUUAGAAAUUUCCCUCAUCACCCUCUUUCUUUUGCUGGUGAUUGUAACCUGUGUGCUGAUUGGGCUUUUAGCAACUGGGAAUUCUGGUUUAAAAGACUUCUCACCAACCUGUCCAGAAGUACCUGUACCUGAGAGAAUAGACUGCAUUCCAGAUCAAGUGGCAACAAAGGACCUAUGUGUACUCCGGGGCUGCUGUUGGAAUCCUUACAAUGAAACAUAUAUACCCUGGUGCUACUUGUCCAACAGCCAUGGGUACCAAAUGGAUGGGUCACAGAAAAACAACCAAGAAGGAUUUGAAGCCAGAUUAAGAAAGCUGCCUGCACCAUCCCUCUUUGGAGGUGACAUUGAUACCCUUCUUGUGACUGCACAGUAUCAGACACAAAAUCGGUUCCGGUUCAAGAUUACUGAUCCCAACAAUGCAAGAUAUGAAGUCCGUCCUGAGAUUCUGGACCCCUUUACAGGAACUGUGGACAGCACUUUCAACUACAGGGCUGAACUAACUGAAAAUCCUUUUGGCAUCAAAGUGAUCAGGAACAGCAAUGGCAAAGUUCUGUUUGACAGUACUGUGGGGCCACUGGUUUAUGCUGACCAAUACUUGCAGAUCUCAACUCGAGUGCCCAGUGAGAAUGUUUAUGGGAUAGGAGAACACGUCCAUAGACAGUACCGGCAUGACUUCAACUGGAAAACGUGGUCUAUCUUUACCCGGGAUGCUUUGCCUACUGGGGACAUGAUUAACCUAUAUGGAGCUCACCCUUUCUUUUUGUGCCUGGAAGAUGAGAGUGGAAAGUCUUUUGGUGUUUUCUUAAUGAAUACCAAUGCCAUGGAUGUUGUAUUUCAACCUGCCCCAGCCAUAACAUACAGAACAAUUGGUGGGAUUCUAGAUUUCUAUGUUUUUUUGGGAGACACCCCUGAGCAAGUUGUCCAAGAAUAUAUAUCACUGAUAGGAUUUCCACUAAUGCCUUCCUAUUGGAAUCUAGGAUUCCAGCUUUGUCGCUGGAACUAUUCCGAUAUUAAUGAUUUGAAAGCAGCAGUACAAAGGAAUCGGGAAGCUGGAAUACCUUACGAUGUUCAGUACACUGAUAUUGACUACAUGGAAGAUGCCAAAGAUUUCACUUAUGACAAAAUAGAUUUUGCAGGCCUCCCAGAAUUUGUUGAUGAUCUUCACAGCCAUGGACAGAAAUAUGUCAUAAUAUUGGAUCCUGGCAUAGCUACUGGGCCUCUCCGUAAUAAUGUCACAUAUGAGACCUACCAACGUGGACAGGCAAAGGAUGUGUGGAUAAAGGAUCCACAGGGAGUGAAGCCUCUUAUUGGAGAGGUGUGGCCAGGAGAGUCUGUCUUCCCAGAUUUCACAAAUCCUAAUGCUGUUGAAUGGUGGGCUGAGGAAUGUCGUCUGUUUCACGAGACCAUUCAGUUUGAUGGCCUGUGGGUGGAUAUGAAUGAAGUAUCCAAUUUUGUUAAAGGUUCGAAGACUGGCUGUGCACCAAACAGCUUAAAUUACCCACCUUUUACACCAAAGAUUCUUGAUGGAGUCAUGUAUUCAAAGACAAUUUGCAUGGAUGCUGUGCAACACUGGGGGAAGCACUAUGAUGUCCACAGUCUCUAUGGAUAUUCCAUGGCAAAUGCUACUGAUGUGGCUCUCAGAGUUACUUUUGGCAACAAAAGAAGCUUCCUACUCUCCCGAUCCACUUUUGCAGGAUCUGGAAGAUUCACAGGACAUUGGACAGGAGAUAAUUUUGCCACCUGGGACAAUAUGAAAUGGUCCAUACAAGGAAUUUUGGAAUUUAGUCUCUUUGGAUUUCCUUUUAUGGGAGCAGACAUUUGUGGUUUCAUUGAUAAUGUCUCAGAAGAACUCUGCAGGCGGUGGUUGCAACUUGGAGCCUUUUACCCAUUUUCUAGGAAUCACAAUGCCGAUGCUAAUGAUCAUAAAGAUCCGGCAUAUUUUGGAAAAAAUUCCCUUCUUGUGAACUCGACCAAGCACUAUCUCAGUAUACGCUACACUUUGUUACCAUAUCUCUAUACGCUCUUUUACAAUGCACAUACAAAGGGAACCACUGUUGCAAGAGCAGUCCUGCAUGAGUUCUACUCAGACAGCGCCACCUGGAGCAUUGACAGACAAUUUUUGUGGGGCUCUGGACUUCUAAUUACUCCAGUGCUGGAUGAGGGCAAGGUAACAGUGACUGCAUACAUGCCUGAUGCUGUUUGGUAUGAAUAUGAGACUGGCAUAAAAUCACCAUGGAGAAAACAACAUUGUGAGAUGUAUCUUCCAGGGGACAAAAUUGGUCUUCAUCUCAGAGGAGGCUACAUCUUCCCUACUCAGCAACCAGCCAACACAACAGUUUACAGCCGUCAAAAGCCAAUGAGUCUUAUAAUUGCUUUAGAUGACAACCAGCAAGCAAAAGGAGAACUAUACUGGGAUGACGGUGAAAGCAGAGAUGCAAUGUCAUCAGGAAACUAUCUCCUUUAUCAAUUUACUGUCAGCGAUGGAACAUUAUUGAUGAAUCCAAUACACAAUACCUACCAAGAUCCAAAUAAUCUAAUGUUUGAAGAAAUCAGAAUUCUUGGUUUACCUCUUGAGCCUACAGGAGUGAUGAUGAACUCAAGUCUUGUGAAUCCUGACAAUGUCAGUUACAAUGCAGGAGAUAAGGUUGCCCACAUAACGGGUCUUCAACUUAGAGUAGGGGAUCAACAUACCAUCAAAUGGAACCAGAGUGCUAGAGAAAUUGACAGAUUUGAUUGUCAUCCUUACCCAAAUCCUACACUAAGCAGUUGUGAAGCUCUUGGCUGCAUCUGGCAGCCAAGUCCUAAUCUAGGAAUUCCACACUGUUACUACCCUCCUGAGUAUGGUUAUACAGUCGACCAAGUUCUAUACUCAGGUGCUGGUUUAGUGGCAACCCUUGGGAGACAUGUCAAAUCCACCAGACUCUCUAAAGCAACGAUAACACCCAUUAACACACUUCGCUUGGAGGUGAAAUAUCAUGAAAACAACAUGCUUCAAUUUAAGAUUUAUGACUACAGUAAUGAAAGGUAUGAGGUUCCAGUGCCUCUGAAUCUCCCCACUAUUCCUGCAAGUGAUCCUAUGAAUCAUCUCUAUGAUGUAUCAAUUCAGAACAACCCAUUUGGAAUCCAGGUUCGUCGCCGAAGCACAGGGACAGUCCUUUGGGAUUCCCAAUUACCUGCCUUCAUCUUCAGUGAUAUGUUCAUCCAGAUUGCAACACGCCUGCCUUCAGAAUAUGUGUAUGGGUUUGGUGAAACAGAGCAUGCCUACUUUCAUCAAGAUAUGAACUGGAAAACCUGGGGAAUGUUUGCGAGGGAUCAGCCUCCUGAAUACCAAAAGAAUAUUUAUGGUGUGCACCCCUUUUACAUGGGCCUUGAAAAAGAUGGAAAUGCACAUGGAGUUCUCCUGUUGAAUAGCAAUGGAAUGGAGGUCAAAUUCCAGCCAACUCCUGCUUUGACUUACCGUACGCUUGGAGGAAUUUUGGACUUCUAUAUGGUUUUGGGCCCAACUCCAGAACAAGUCGUUCAGGAAUACACUGCACUCAUUGGACGUCCUGUCAUGCCUCCAUAUUGGGGACUGGGAUUCCAGCUGUGCCGUUACGGAUAUGAGAAUGAUGCAGAAAUCUCUGAUCUGUAUAACAAAAUGAAGGAAGCUAACAUCCCAUAUGAUAUACAAUAUGCAGACAUUGAUUACAUGGAGCGGCGGUUAGACUUCACGCUCAGUCCCAAAUUUGCAGGCCUUCCAACAUUGAUUGACCGAAUGAAAAAAGAUGGAAUGAGAUUUGUCAUCAUUUUGGAUCCAGCUAUCUCAGGAAAUGAAAAAAAUUACCUGGCAUACGAAAGAGGACUCACAGACAAUGUCUUCAUUAGGUGGCCUAACAAUGGUGACAUUGUAUGGGGAAAGGUGUGGCCAUAUUUUCCUAAUGUUACUUCAGUGAAUACAUCAUUAUCCUUUGAGCACCAAGUGGAGUUAUACGCCGCUCAUGUUGCUUUCCCAGAUUUCUUCCGCAAUUCUACAGUUCAGUGGUGGAAAACAGAAAUUCAGGAGUUCCAUACCAACCCUCAACAACCAAAUACAAGCAUUAAAUUUGAUGGCCUGUGGAUUGACAUGAAUGAGCCGGCCAACUUUGUUAAUGGAGCAAUUAAUGGCUGUGGUACAUCUGAUCUAAAUGACCCCCCGUAUAUGCCAGAACUGGCAAAUAAAGAUCAAGGACUGAACUUCAAAACCGUGUGCAUGGGAAGUGAACAGAUCCUGCCCAAUGGAAAACCUGUUCGACACUAUGAUGUCCACAAUCUCUAUGGUUGGUCAGAAACAAAGCCCACAUACGAUGCUCUUCACAGCGUUACAGGAGAAAGGGGAAUUGUCAUCUCUCGUUCAACAUAUCCAUCUAGUGGCAAAUGGGCAGGGCAUUGGUUAGGGGAUAAUUACUCAAGAUGGUCCAAUCUUGCCACUUCUAUAAUUGGUCUACUGGAGUUCAGCCUUUUUGGAAUAUCCUAUGUCGGAGCAGAUAUUUGUGGCUUCAAUGAACAUACAACCUAUCAAAUGUGUAGCCGCUGGACGCAACUGGGAGCCUUUUAUCCGUAUGCCAGGAAUCACAAUGGUUUAGGAAGUCAGAAACAAGAUCCUGUAGCUUUUGAUAGAGCAUUUGAAGACAUGUCCAGGAAUGUGCUCAACAUCAGAUAUACUUUGCUGCCCUAUCUCUACACCUUGAUGUAUGAAGCCCAUGCUCAUGGUAGUACCGUUUCCCGCCCUUUACUGAAUGAGUUUACAAAUGAUUCCACAACAUGGACUAUAGAUAAACAGUUUCUCUGGGGGCCUGCUUUGCUCAUUAGUCCUGUGCUACAAGAGAAUCAGACGGAGCUGGAUGCAUAUUUUCCUGAUGCUCGCUGGUAUGAUUAUUACACAGAUACAGAUAUAGGACAAAGGAAGCUGUUCAAACGCUUACAAGCACCUAUGGAUCAUAUCAACCUUCACCUCAGGGGAGGAUACAUUAUCCCAUGGCAACUGCCAGCUCUAAAUACCAAAGCCAGCCGGAAAAAUCCAAUGGGUCUUACAGUCGCUUUGGAUGAUAAUGGAGCCGCUCAAGGGCUUCUUUACUGGGAUGAUGGAACAAAAAUUGAUGCAUAUGAGAAUGGCAUUUACCUCUUACAUACAUUUAAUGCAAGUCAGCAUGCAUUAGACAUCAGCGUGGCACACUUUGGAUAUAAUGACCCCAACAACUUAAAAUUUACUGAAAUUAAAAUCCUCGGUGUAGAAUCUUCCUUCUCUCCCAGGGUUAUAGUGUUUCAGUAUGAUCAAGAGAUCCAAUCUGAUCAUAUAUCAACAUAUAACUUUACAACUAAGAUCUUGCACAUUAAGGACCUUCAGCUUGCCCUAGGGCAAGCAUAUGCAUUAUCAUGGGGGCAGCCUCCUGAAGAGAGACUUCCAGAAAAUGAAAGAUUCAACUGCCAUCCAUAUCCAGAACCAUCUCAAGGCAGUUGUGAAGAGCGUGGUUGUAUCUGGGAGAUUUCCUCUGUUCCUGGUGUUCCAUUCUGCUAUUAUCCCAUGAACUAUGGUUAUUCUGUUGGGAUCCUUGAGGAACAUCCUAACAAUAUCUCAGUUAACCUCCAUAGAAACACCAGCAUCCCUAACCCAUACGAUAAUUCACCAUCUAUUGACCUUCUGAGAUUAGAUGUGAUAUUCCAUACUGACAACAUGUUGCAGUUCAAGAUCAAAGAUCCCAUCAACCAAAGAUAUGAAGUUCCAGUACCACUGUCCACCCCAAGCACCCCAACUGUUACAAGUGGGCGGCUCUAUGAUGUAAAAAUUGUGAAUGAACCAUUUGGCAUACAGAUCAUCCGGAGAAGCACAGGAACAAUUAUCUGGGAUUCUCAUGUGCCCGGCUUCACCUUCAGCGACAUGUUCAUUCAGAUUUCUACUCGCCUUCCAUCACAGUAUGUGUAUGGAUUUGGAGAGACUGAACACACUCAAUACCGGAGGGAUAUGAACUGGCAAACCUGGGGAAUGUUCACUCAUGAUCAGCCUCCUGGUUACAAACUGAAUUCAUAUGGUUUCCACCCCUUCUACAUGGGCCUUGAAAAUGAAGGAAAUGCUCAUGGUGUACUUUUGCUAAACAGUAAUGCUAUGGAUAUCACUUUCCAGCCAACGCCUGCUUUAACAUACCGUACAAUUGGGGGAAUUCUGGACUUUUACAUGGUUUUGGGGCCAACUCCAGAACAAGUGGUUCAGCAGUAUACCAAACUGAUUGGACGGCCAGUAAUGCCACCCUAUUGGGCUUUGGGAUUCCAGCUGUGCCGCUAUGGAUACCAAAAUGUUUCUGAAGUCACUGAAAUCUAUUUGGAUAUGAAGGACUCGGAGAUACCCUAUGAUGUACAGUAUACAGACAUUGACUACAUGGAACGGCAACUUGACUUCACACUCAGCCAACACUUUCAAGGUCUUCCUGAAUUAGUUGAUACAAUACAUAAUGAUAAAAGAAGAUUUAUCAUCAUCCUGGAUCCAGCCAUAUCAGGAAAUGAAACUGAGCCAUAUCCAGCAUUCACAGAUGGGCUGGCUGAGGAUGUCUUCAUCACAUGGCCUGAUUCCAAGGAAAUACCGUGGGCAAAGGUGUGGCCAGAUUUACCAAAUAUAGAGAUUGAUAAAAAUGCAAAUUUUGAAUACCAAAUUGAGCAUUACCGGGCUUAUGUGGCUUUCCCAGAUUUCUUCCGCAAUUCCACAAGAGAAUGGUGGCAAAGAGAAAUAGAGAAAUAUUAUAACAACACCCUGCAGUUUGAUGGCCUGUGGACUGACAUGAAUGAACCCGCCAAUUUCAUCGAUGGAGCUAUUGGUGGCUGCAAAAAUUACACUUUAAACCAUCCUCCUUAUAUGCCAGAUCUGGCAUUACGAGGGAGAGGGCUAGAUAUGGUGACAACAUGUAUGGGUGUUGAACAGCAGCUUCCAGAUGGCACACCUGUGAGCCACUAUAAUGUGCAUAAUCUGUACGGAUGGUCACAAGCAGAACCCACUUACUAUGCUUUGCGCAAUGCCACAAAAGAGCGUGGAAUCAUUAUUACCCGUUCAACAUAUCCAUCCAGUGGAAAAUGGGCAGGACAUUGGCUUGGUGAUAACUUUGCACGAUGGGACCAGCUUGAGAAAUCCAUUAUUGGUAUCAUGGAGUACAGUAUUUUUGGAAUCUCCUAUUGUGGUGCAGACAUCUGUGGCUUCUUCAAUGACACAACUUAUGAACUGUGUGCUCGAUGGAUGCAGCUCGGAGCAUUUUACACCUUCUCUAGAAACCACAAUGUGAUGGGAACUAAGAGACAAGAUCCUGUAUCUUUUGAUGAAGAAUUUGUAAACAUCUCUAGGGAUGUGCUCAGCAUACGAUACAGACUGCUACCCUAUCUCUACACGUUAAUGCAUCUUGCCCAUGUGAUGGGUAGCACCGUUUCACGUCCUUUGCUGCAUGAGUUUGUGUAUGAAAGAGAAACCUGGGAUAUCUACAAACAAUUUAUGUGGGGCCCAGCAAUAUUGAUAAGCCCUGUAUUGGAUGAAGGAGCUAGGUCAGUGAAUGCUUACAUUCCCGGCGCACGAUGGUAUGAUUACUAUACGGGAGAGUACAUUGGAGUCCGAAAACAGUUCAAGAUUUUUCCAGCACCUUUGGAUUAUAUCAAUCUCCAUAUUCGGGGUGGUUAUAUCAUCCCUUGGCAAGAGCCAAAUACUACCACUGCAGAUAGCCGACUGAAUCCCCUAGGGCUUAUUGUUGCUUUGGAUGACAGGGGGAGUGCUCAAGGUCAACUCUUCUGGGAUGAUGGAGUUGGUAUUGAUACCUAUGAAGAGGGCAAGUACUACUAUGCAACAUUUCAAGUAACUCUAAAUGCACUGAAUAUAUAUGUGGAUCACAACAAUUACUUAAAUGACUCAGUCCUUCUGCAGUUUGGCCACCUUCAUAUCUGGGGGCUCGCAGCCACAUCAGUCACAAGUGUUUCUAUUACUUAUGAAGGGAGGACAGAAAAUAUCACCCCUGAGUACAGUCCAGAAACCCAGAUUCUGAAAGCUGAUUUCACUGCCCGAACCUACCUCCUUCAUAAAAUACAGCAACUCAAAUGGACGAUAAGCACUUAACUGCCCAUGGAAAACAAGCUUUGUUGACAGCCUCUCCAUCUUCAAUGAGUAUAUUCAUUUAUCAAUUGUAUUUUGUUCAGACAGGCUAGCAAUAGACUAAUGAAGAUACUGAAGUUACAACAGCUGCCAAUAUUGUCAUACAGUCCAUUUUAACUUCUUAAAAAACACAAGCCCUACUUAUGUUGCUAUAUCUGACAAUUCUGGAAUAUUUGUUUAGCCAUUAUAUCAAGACACAAGCUGGGUUGUUUAGUUUACCAAAAGCAGGGAAAGAGAUUUUUUUUUUUUUUGUAAAAUAGCAGAUAAUUUUUUUAUUUUUAUUUUUAAAGAUUAUUUCUAAAAAGGCUAUCAUCAUGACAAGAAUCAGACUGAUGGGUUUUUUUCCCCUGAGCAACUAAAAUGUUUGUAAAAGAAUGAAGUGCCUGGUGCGAUGGGCUAUAUAAUUGUUCUUUAUCAUGAUGUUUAUAAAUCUGUAUGUACAAAAUGUGUCAGAAAAUACAACAGAGCUUUAAUUUUUUAAAAUAUAUGCUGAAGUAACAAUAAAAAUCUAUCCACAAUAAA